AUGAAGCGAAAGAAAGAUGAUGACUCUCUAUCUCCAAAGGCAAAGCGCAAUAAAGGGAAAGCUUUUGAAGCAAGUGAUGAUGACUUUCAAGAAACUCCGUUACUUAGAAAAGGCAAGAACAUUCGUACUACUUUGAAAGCUGUUAAAGAAGACACAUCUGCUCCUGGCCUUUCAAAUGUUGUUAUCGGUGACAAGGUAUCUAUGCCUACAGACAAUAAAGAUACGUGUGUUCAAGAUGUAUUACCUGCUCCUAUUCCUUCUACUAGCUGUACUUCUGCUCCCAUCAAGAGCUCCAAAAAAUAUCAAGACAAGGUUGAUAUGGCUGAAGCACUUAAAAAGGAAAAAGAAAAUAAUAAGACGACAGGCAAUGAGCAAAAACAAGUGUGUUCUAUGAAUAAAUCAAAAACAAAGCUUCCAAAGCCCAAGGAUACUGUCGAGAAAACUAUUGUAACCAAGACAUCUUUGGCUAAUACUUGCAAAUAUUCCAAGUUUGUUACCUUGAUUCAAGAAGUGGUUGACCAUAUCACUCAAUUGUUAUAUGCUGGAUCCAUUUUUGCUAAUUACUAUUUCUUGAAACUUCGUGAAAAUGGUGAAGAAUUACCUAUGAUCACUCAAAAUCUGUUCUAUAAUAUAUUUUUCACCUUUGCUGGCCAAAGAAAGCAUGCCUCUGAUAGUAUCAAGAAGAGCUUCAAGACCUUUUGUGAAUCUACUUCUCUUAUUCAAACUGGACCAAAACAAAGAGUGCACUCUGUCCUCAAGUGCGAACCUUGUGGUACAGUGUGGGAUGGCGAUGUGAACAGUGCAUUAAAUAUAUAUGUCCUCCCUCCUUCAAAAGACCUUCAAAAGACUUACGGUGCUCCUGGGUUUAAUGCGUUGUCCAUAACGGUAGUACAUUUCUUAACGCCUCGUCUUUUAGUUAAAGAUUGCAUAUAG